AACAUGUGGCCCCCACUGCUCCUUCAACCAGAGUUAGAACCUUUGGCCAUGAAUUCCAGUUAACCCUGGUUCAUAUUUAACCUCUCAACCAGGUUCAGCUCCCGCUUUCCUUUUGCAGAUCUCUCUCCUUCUCCCUCUCAUCCUUUAAUUGCAGAUUCAAUUUUUUAGGGUUUCAAAAAUUCAAAUUCAAAUUCAAUUGUCUUUCAUUUUUGGUUUCGGAAUUAAAAAUGGAUCAAAGAAAUGGUUGAAAUUCUCUGCUAAAUAAGAAUUUUGAAAGAUGGAGACACAGAGAAUAGCAGAAUUGCCGUUAAGGAAUAUGGAUAAACGUCCAAGAAAACGACCUCGUUUAACAUGGGAUAUGCCUCCUCCUCCUUCUCCGGCUCUUCUCCAUCCACCUCCUUCUAAGGUGCUUUCCACGAUGUAUUGCGGGCAGGAUUUUGGUAUUAAUGCAAAUUUUGCAUAUCAAAAUAUGUUUUACAGGGAUGCUCCUGUUCCGCUCGCGAUUCCGAUUCGUAAUAUUUCACCUCCAUGGAGACCUGAUGAUAAAGAUGGCCAUUAUGUCUUUGCUAUUGGCGAAAAUUUGACAACUCGCUACAGGAUCCUCGGCAAAAUGGGUGAAGGAACAUUUGGGCAAGUGUUGGAAUGCCUUGAUAAUGAAAAGAAAGAGGUUGUAGCAAUAAAAAUUGUUCGCUCCAUAAAUAAAUAUCGUGAAGCUGCAAUGAUUGAAAUUGACGUCCUACAAAGGCUUGCCAGGCAUGAUAUUGGAGCCACUCGUUGUGUGCAAAUACGGAAUUGGUUUGACUAUCGUAAUCAUAUAUGUAUUGUUUUUGAGAAGCUAGGACCAAGCUUAUACGAUUUUCUCCGCAAAAACAGCUAUCGUUCAUUUCCCAUUGACCUAGUUCGGGAGCUUGGCAGACAACUUUUGGAGUCUGUUGCAUUUAUGCAUGACUUACGACUGAUUCACACUGAUUUGAAGCCUGAAAAUAUCCUACUAGUUUCCUCUGAAUACGUUAAAGUGCCAGAUUAUAAGUUUCUUUCACGGUCCACAAAAGAUGGCUCCUAUUUCAAGAAUCUUCCGAAGUCAAGUGCCAUCAAGCUCAUUGAUUUUGGGAGUACUACAUUUGAACAUCAGGAUCACAGCUAUGUCGUAUCGACACGGCAUUAUCGGGCACCUGAGGUUAUCUUAGGUCUUGGGUGGAAUUAUCCUUGUGAUAUAUGGAGCAUCGGUUGCAUACUUGUUGAAUUAUGUUCUGGUGAGGCCUUAUUUCAAACACAUGAGAACUUGGAGCAUCUUGCUAUGAUGGAGAGAGUUUUAGGACCACUACCACAACAUAUGGUGGUCAGAGCUGAUCGCCGAGCUGAAAAAUAUUUUAGGAGAGGAACGCGAUUAGAUUGGCCUGAGGGUGCAACUUCAAGAGAAAGCACAAAAGCAGUUUGGAAAUUGCCCCGUCUUCCGAACCUUAUAAUGCAGCAUGUAGAUCACUCUGCUGGUGAUUUAAUUGACCUCUUGCAAGGACUCUUGCGAUAUGACCCAGCAGAGCGUCUCAAAGCCAGGGAAGCCUUAAGACAUCCAUUCCUCACUCGAGAACCAAGAAGGUGCGGCUAUCCCUUAUAACUUGGAUCUUCCAUAUGAUUGUUAUAUGAUUGAAGUGGUGACAUAAUACUUUCUUAUGUCAAAUUUAACAUACAAUUGUUACCAUAUUGUAAAGUGUAUUCUUUCCCGAUUACGUGCAUUUCUCUGUGUUAUUUUUCUUCUUUCUUCCCCUUCUGUUGGGGGUCCUAAUUGAUCUGUAUUCACGUAGUAUUUCUGGCAUGUCGCGUCUUAAUGAUGAGAAACGAAAAAAAUUGUUACAGAAUGUAAUAUAGCUAUUCUUCCUUUGCUA